UGGCGGCGCGCGGACGCUGAGGCGGCGCGGCCCGAUGGAGCCGGCGGCGCUCGGUCGCCUGCGGCGCCUGCUGCUCGCCGCGCCGGGCCUCGGCUUGGCGCCGGGUCGCGCCGGGCACCAGGGAUGCGGCGAGGCCUUAGGGCCACGCCGCGACCUGUACGAGGUGCUGGGCGUCCCGCCCACGGCGACGCAGGCGCAGAUCAAGACGGCGUACUACGAGCAGUCGUUCCGGUACCAUCCCGACCGCAACGCGGGCAGCGCUGCCGCCGCCGAGCGGUUCGCCGCCGUCAGCGAGGCCUACCUGGUGCUGGGCAGUGCCGCGCUGCGCCGCAAGUACGACCGCGGCGUCCUCAGCCGCGAGGACGUGCGCGGCGCCCCCAAGCCCUCGGGCCGCCCGCUCACCCCGGCGCCGCCGCCCGCCCGCUCCGCCGCCGCCUCUUCCUCCCGCCGCGGGCCCGUCCCGCCGCCCUUCGACUUCGACGCCUUCUACCGCGCGCACUACGGGGAGCAGCUGGAGCGGGAGCGGAUGCUGCGGGCGCGGCGGGAGCAGCUGCGCCUCCGCCGGGAGGAGGCAGCGGCCCAAGGCCGCUUCCAACUCGUUUCCGACCUCUCGGUUGGGCUCCUCUUUUUCUUGGGCGUUGUCCUGCUCUACAGCCUCAAGUAACGUGUGGGCACCAGCCCAGCUCCACCACUGCAACAGGACAACAGAGCUCACUGGUGGGCAGGGCCCCUGCACCCACUUCAUGCCUGGGCUCAGCUCCUCAGGCCGUGACAUGUCCUUUCUGCCAGUGUGGUCUUCAGAGAUAGUGUGUGAUCAGCAGGCACUGAUGUGGGCGCAACUUCUCAGACUGCGACCUGUCCCUUCUGCCAUGAUCUUUAGAGACAGUGCAUGGCCACCAUAUGUGUCUGUAAUAUGUUACCUCUGCAAGUGUGACCUGCAGACUCCAUAUGACCACUGGGAACCACGUGUGGGCCCUUUUCCAGAGGCUGCAGUGUGCCCCUUCUGCUAGUAUGACCUGCAGAUGUUGUGCCUGACGGGUUCGUGGACCUUGGUUUGUGGACUCUGACAUGUCCCCACCAUCAGUGCUGCUCUUUGACCCUGGUGGGAACCACAUGUCUUCUCUUGAGCCUCAGUGGAGAUUAAAUGAUUGACAAUGGUG